AUGUCGCGUGAUCUGGACCGAUGGUUUAUUCUCCUAAAGGACGGUCAUCAGACUCCACCAUACCCAUCACCACCGUCUUCUUGCAAGAAACAAUGGUCUGGCACAAAAUGCCCGGUAUGUUUGGAGUCUCCACACAACGCUGUUCUUCUCCUCUGUUCCUCCUACCACAAAGGAUGCCGUCCUUACAUGUGCCCAACAAGCACCCGUUUCGCCAACUGCCUUGACCAAUACAGGAAAUCACACGGCAGUGAACAACUAGCUCUGUUGUGUCCGCUAUGCAGAGGUCAAGUGAAAGGCUGGACCGUUGUGGAAGAAGCACGGGCGCAUUUCAACUCCAAGAGAAGGACUUUUAUGCAGGAAAACUGUUUCUUCAUGGGAAACUUCAAGAAGCUCAAGAAACACAUGACGGAAAAACACCCACAUGCUUGCCCUAGAGCUAUUGAUCCAGCUCUCGAGACCAAAUGGAAGAGGCUUGAGAGGGAAAGAGACAGGAGAGACGUGAUCAGCACGAUGAUGUCGUCGACCCCAGGUGCUGUUGUGUUGGGAGAUUAUGUCAUCGAGCCGCGUAGGGGAGGUGUUUAUGAUGGAGAAGAUGAAGAAGAUUACAGCUCAGAUGAUUCUUUGAGCAACAAUGGCGUAUUGGAUCUUGAUUCAUGGCAAGGACAAAACCGUCAUAUUAGGUUUAUUGAUAUGGAGUCGAGCGACUUUGCAUCAUCUUCACGGUCCCCUGCUCCUCCAAGCCGUUCAGGUUUUCUCGUCCAUAGGAACCAGAGAGGUGGCAAUAGAGGUCGGUAACUUUUAACUUAACCAAACCAAAUUCUCUCUAGCAUGACUUCAAAAUUGCAGGAGCAGUAUAAAAAGGCUAACAUGAUUAGCCACACAGGGAAUUGAAUAAACUUGCAGUCGUCUCUUUUUAAAAUUUAG